AUGAAUUCGAGUUUUAUAGUUUCCCCUGUGUACAAGAGUUGUAAUUUGCGGUGUCGGGCUCUUUUGCUACGAAAUCACUGCGCUUUUGGGUCGAACGUGAGCGGGAGCGUGAACCGCCAGUGCACCCAGUUCUGGCGUGCACCGCAGCGACGUGUCUUGCGAUGCGGCCUGACAGCUACGGAUUCUGGUCGGUCAACGCUUCCAUCGCCCAAAGUUCGAGAAGAAUCUAGCCGGAGGUUCUCAGAUCAGGAGAUCGCGUCUGAAACCCCGCUGGUCACCUUGCUCUACGACGGUGAAUGCCCGAUCUGCAUGAAGGAAGUACGCUUCCUACAGUCGCGGGACGCGGGCCGUGGCCGUAUUGCAUUCGUUGACAUUACGUCGCCAGACUACGACCCCGCGAAAUAUGCCGGUAUCACGUUUGAGCAGGCAAUGGGCCGCAUUCACGGUAUUCUCCCCGACGGCACGGUUGUGAAGAAGGUGGACGUCUUCCGAGCGUGCUACGAAGCAGUUGGCCUCGGCUGGCUUUGGGCAGUGACUAGCGUUCCCCUGGUGAAGAAGUUGGCGAAUGCCGUGUAUGACUUUUGGGCGGAUCGGCGUCUGCAGUGGACCGGGCGCGGCACGCUCGAAAGCGUACUUGCAGCACGCCGCGGUGCAGCACCGGCCGCCGAUGGGGACGACUGUUCCGAACGCUGCGUGAUCGACUGGGGUGAAGAUGAAGAGCCGGAGGAAAAGAAAUAG